UCCGCCACCGACCUUUCUCCGCGACGGUACCUAGUAGCGCUUGCCGUGAAACUUUUCCAUUUGAGUGUACGCUUAGUGAGUGUAUAAUGUGAAGUGUGGUGCUCAGUAUGACCGUGCUACUCGUUUUCGGACUUUUUGUUGUGAUAGCCACCGCUCAUAACAUAACAUACCUGGAGGUACCGCAGUAUGGUGACCCCCGGAGGGACGCGUAUCUCGCUUGCCACUACGUCAAGGAGAGAGGGGAUCCAGCCCUCCACUCCGUGAAGUGGUAUCGUGAUAACAACGAAAUCUUUCGAUACAUGCCUGGGCAACAGCCCUCAACAAGAACAUUUAACACAACCGGUGGCGUUACCAGGGGUACAUGUGACGAGAACAAGUGCUCAAUAAGUGUGGCUCUACCGAAGCGGUUUAACACGAGGAUAUCAUUCACAUGUGAAGUAUCGACAGAAGGGCCUAGGUUUGAAGUUGUGAAUCAGACAAAAUAUUUAACGGUGGCUGUGACGUUAAAAGAAGACCCAGUUAUAUCGGGCCUACCGGGGAGCGUGCAAGUUGGAGAGGAUGUACUUCUGAAUUGCUCGACAGGACCGGCUAUGCCUCCAGCAAAUAUUAUUUGGUAUAUCGAUGGAAGGCCGGAGAAGAUGGAGCAAUGGAUGUCAAUGAACGACCACACCGAAGUGUCAACGGCGGAUGACUACGGGCUGCGAUCGAGUUGGAGGCCACUUCGCUUUCGAGUGACCACCGUGAGGGCCGCAAUAAGUCUCACGUGUGAGGCUACGCAGCCCACACGGCCCUCGUUCACUCGAUCAACCAAUCUGACCCUCGCAGUGGCUCGAUCGCCACAUCUAUCUAUGUUUACUGCCUCAGGUUCGAAUCCCAGCUCAUUCACAGCAGCCACAGUAGUUGCCAGUAUGUUAGUGCAUACGUUGUCUAAAUACAGUGCCUUGAGUGAUAAAUAAUCGACGUGGUCGAUAUAUGGAGUGACGGUAUUGUAUAAAGUAUGUUAAGGUACCAUAGUACAAUAAUAUUCACCCAAAGCCGAUUGCUCGAAUACAUUUUAUUAUUAUACUAUGGUUAGAUAAAGUAUUCCAUCCGAUUGUGCAUAUCAAUAAUGAAAUAUACGAAUCGUUUUUUAUAAAUUAUUUAGUUAGCAAUAUGAGGGAAUUAACUCGAAUAUAUAGUCAAAAUUAAGUUAAUAGUCAUUGAGUAUUCUUUUUUAAUAAUUUUAAUUGUACAUACAUUAUGUUCAUUUUUCCAACAUUAUUGAUAUGCACACAAUUAAGUUGAUUUUUAUCUGUUAAUCGGUAUAUCUGAAUCAAAAAAUAUUGGCAGAGACUGUAUCAAAUGUUGUAAAGAAAUAUAAUUUGGUGAAGAACGAGUCUUCAUUUGUAUUGUUGAUAGGUGAAUGUGCAGCGGUAAACAAAAUGGCUGUGAAUGACUUAAAUUGGUUCUAGUAAACGCUAAAUCUGGUAAUGUGAUUUUUUUAUUUUUGACUUAGUACGCAGUAAUUUUUCAAAAGACUUAAGGGCAAAAUAAUCUAAUCUUUCGUCAUGUGAUUAUUUUAUAUUUAUAAAUAAUAAGGUUACAGUUCAAAUUGAAUUUUUAUGACAUACCUCUUCAGUCUGUGGACUGGUGUUAAUAAAUAAUGAUAGUGACCUUGCCACCUUCACGCAAAGUCGACAAUCUUCUAUUACAUAUUGAAUUACCAAAAAAAUCUUUAAAUGACAAUCAUGCCCUUGUAUAUAGUCACGUAACACGUGGUAUGUUUAAUUAAUUAAUGAUACAAUUAUUAUUAUGUACAAGUGUAUUUUUUAUAUUUGCAUUUAUUUUUAGUUAAUUCUUGCCUUUGAGAUGCAGAUCUUAGUUAAACCAUCUCUUAGGUUUUUGUUUAUACUUACGGAUGGAAUAUAUAAUAUAUUUAAAUUAUAAUUAUAGGAAGCACUGAAUUUCAAUGUUUUAUAACACUUAUUUAAUAUACAUAUGUUAUGAAAAUAUAAAUGUCAAAAUUAAAAUUUAAUGUAAUAUAGUAAUAAUAUAAUAUAAAAUAUAUAAAUACUAUAACGUUUUGCAACGAAUUUUGUUUGUGUAAUUUUCAGUCUUGAAAUAUUUUAAUGGCCUAGGAUUUCCUUAAUCUAUAUCUAUAGAUAAGAGUAGAUUAAAUCUAUUAUUAUUUUAUUAUGAAUCUAAAAAUCACUUAGUUUAUGUAAGACUAGUUACAUCAUAUAGCCAAAUUUGGAGGCAGGUUUAACCGACUUGUAAAUUUUUGAUCAAUCAGUUCUGAAUUAUUAUAUUUUUAAUAUAAGUAUGUUUAUUAUAAAAGGUAUUUGACUCAAGUACAUUACUUGGCGUGCCUAUGACAUACCGACACGCAUUCGAUUCUCUGAAAAUCAGUGUUUUUAUAGACAGAGGUUCAAAGAGGAGAAAACAUCAAAAAAGUAGUAGGAAUGUCUCUGAGCCAGACUUAUGGUAUCUUUAGUUCCAGUAAAAUAAAAUAAUUAUCUUAUCUUAGUAUUACUUUUACUUCUUAAUAGGUUUUCUCUGAAAUAAAAAUGGUAAUAAAUAUAAAAUUUAAGUCUCUAAAGAAUAACCUUAAUAGCGCUUUAAUACAAAUUGGUGAGUUCCUCUGUUUGCGUUGCCGGGCUCAUUUCUAAAUGGAUUUGGGAAUAGCUUGCGAACAUUUAAUUUUUCCUGAAACUUUGCACCAGGAAAUGUUUCUCGCAUUACACGGAAAAUUUUUAAUUUCACGUGCGAAAACAAAAAAUCACACGCUAGACGGAAAUUUUAGAAGCGCGAAUCCCCCAGAGUAAAGCCGCGAAAGAUAUUUUUUAUGCAUGGAGUUUAAUGUAUAAAUUAACGAAAACUUUAGUGCGAGUUAAAAGUAUAUAAUUAGCUGGUCCAUAGUAUCUUGAGAAAACUAUUUAAAAACACUAUAAUAUAAAGUCAGUAAGGAACCGAGGCAGGUUUUGGAGGUCUAAAUCUUAAACAUAUACCCACUGAAUCUUCCAAUAAAAUGAUACAUUGGAAUUGCAUUAAGCUAUCGUAAUACACUACACAUUACAGUGGAGCUGCAAAACCUUUUAAAAUACGAAAAAGAGAACGUCUAAGAAGAUUACCUGUAUAAGCAUCAUUAAUUCACUUCGAACUCUUUGAGCCAAUCGCCUUUCCCAACUUAAUCCGUUGGUGUGUUACGCUCAGUACGAAAUGGCAUAUUAGUCUAAUACCAUUACUUUCAAUUUGCCGUAAACGAUAAACAAGGAGCAUAAAACCUUUUCUUUUAAUAAAGAGCUUUGUUCCAAGAAAAUUAAGAGCUUUGUGGAUGAAGCUUUAAUGUACUCUGUUUAUAUGAAGGGUUAUGUUUAUCGGGUAUGUACUAUGAUGAUUGUCACUUACACACUAACUAUAAUAUUAUAUAUUUUCUUCUGUCAGACACAUCUAUAACUCGAGCUUUUUAGUUCGUAAUUGGGAGUUCAAUUGUUUUUUGAUAAAGCUUACAAGUAUUAUUGUUAGCCUUACAGCCGUAAGAACUAGAGCAAUUCAUUUCUUUAUAUUGUAGUAGAAUGGAGCUUUAGUUUCACAUAGAACAGAGACACAAUAGAAAUUUCGAGUCGACUGAUUUUCACUCAAAAUUUUGUUGAGAAAACGUCAUAUUUUCUUACCAAUUCCUUGAAAGGAACGUCAACUUUAUAGAACCUUGUACAACUUUAUUUUUUAUUGGCACUUUGUAAAGAUGUAAGACAGGACAUACAUAAACUAAGUGAAAUGUGCCAAAUUAUUAUAUUUCGUUUAGACUUAAUAUAGGUAGUUUAAUAAAUUGAUAAAUGUUGUAUAAAUACUAUAUUUUUCAUUCGUAUAGAGCUGAGUGGUUUUUAGUGGUUAGUUUUAUUAUUAAUUAUUUUGAAAAAAUUCAAUCCAAGUAUAUUGGUUGUAUGUUGAGAUGUAAAACAGCUAUGAAAAGGCUAUUUAGGAAAUGAAGUGUAUAUAAUAUAUUAAUUGCUGUAAUUCCUAUAUAUUGUAAUUGCUGUCUUUAACAUACUUGUGGUUUUCCAAGUAGUAUAUCAUCACAAAACAUUCUUAAACUGUGCUUGUGUCUUUGAAUAAGGCCGUAUAUAUGAUAUCGUUGGACAUAUAUUUGGAGUAUAUUGUACGUGUUAUAAAUAUGUAAUUACUGUUACACUGACAGUGUCUACUGUGAGGAGAUGCCAACAUUUUCCGACCAUUUAAAAUUCAACUUCUAUUUAUAUACUAAAGCAACUCAGCUCAUUUUUUUGUGUCCGAUAAUUUGUUGUGAUUGUCCCUUUGGUGUUUAUUGUCAAUUCCUAGCACUAUCAAAUUACUCUGUGAUACAUGUAUUCAUUUAAAUGAUGAUGACGUUUGGGCGACUAUUAUUUGCUUGUAUUUUCUACGAACGAAAAUCUUAUCAAUCAUCUAUGUACCUAUAUUAUAGAAGAUAAAAAGGAACAAAGGGUAAUGAAGACAGUGCAAGCGUGCAGUAAGUGUAAAAUACCGUACAGCGUAGUUAAUUUAUAUAUUUCACAUGUAUGUGAAAUUUAAUAAAACUCAAAACAGAAACACUGCACUGGUUGUAGUGUUAAAUUCGGCCAAAGCUUUUCCAAAUGUAUUUCAUCACGAAUAUUCCCAAUACCCUGUUUUGAGUUAUUUAGAGUGAGUAUUAUUCAUCAAAGCAAACAAAUUCAUGUUGUAAAAUUAAUUUAAUUUAUUAAUGAUUGAAUAAUGAGUUGAUUUUGUUAAUUACAUUAUUGAUAUGUCGCUCACUGUUGUCAUCAUUGCUGUACUAAUACGAUGUAUAUUGUCAUUGAAUGUCGUCAUGGCGAAUAAACGUAAAUCAUA